CCUAUUCUCGCUCUUACCUCUCCUCCUUGGCACUUCCGCCCUCACCCGUCUCCUGCCGUACCUCCUCUCCUACCCUUGCCUUUCCUAAUCUCCGCUCCCUUCGCUGCCCCUUCCUCCCCUUGCACCUCUCCUACUUGCCGAUGGACCUCCCCUCUUCUCCGCCCCUCUGCUUGGGUUCCGCUGUCCCACCACCGUCGCCACUCUUGUGCCGCUGUCACCUCUGGUAUUGGUUCUCUGGCCUCUGUUUUCAGUGUGACCAUGCCAUCCCUGGAUAGCAUCCUUGGUGCUUCUCCGCUCAUGGACCCUCGUUUUGUCGACUUUAUGUUCCCUCUGUGA